AUGUCCAAAAGACCAAAGCAAGAGCAUGAUUUUUCUCUUCACCCCUCAGACAACAGUAAGAAAGCCAAAACAAUCGGAAACUCUUUUGAAAAUCCGAUUGUGCUUGAUGAACCAUCACAAAAAAGCCCACCGCUUGGCGUCCCUUCGAUGUUGGAAUCAACAGAAAGCCUUUUUCCUUUGGAACUCUUUUCCGAAGGAAAUGAUCAUGUCUCAACAUUCCCUUCAUCUUUAAAGGAUGUGGACUCAGUUACAACGAACGAUGAUGCAAAUAUGAAGAAGGCUUCUUCAUCCUCAAAAAAGAGAACAGGAAAAACCCACGACAACACCAGACAUACAUGGAGCGCUGAUGAAGACAACAUCCUUGUUUCAGUUGUUGCUGGUUCAACAAUGAGAAACAACAAGAUUUCAUGGGUUCAUGCAUUUCCUGCCUUCCAGAAUUCAAUGAAAGAGAAAUUUGAUGAGGGUUUGACCUCAACUGCUAUCCGUAAACGUUUUAUUGCACUCAUGACGAACCAUGAGAUGAAAAACUCUAUGACAAUUACGAAAAAGGAGAUCUCGUACGAAACUGCUUUAGCCUUGACCUCCGACAACGCUGACAACAAAUAUUUUCCUCAAGCUGUUGGAACCUUGGACUACUUUGCCAUAAAUGUUAGAAACCUUGCCAUCUAUUAUCUCGAUCGUUAUGGUUGGUUAGACUCAUCCUUCAUUCAACAGAAACCACUGAACUCGUUAAAAGGACUUGGUAAGAUCUUUGCGUUUGAGCCUCGUUUAUUGGCAAUGGAAGGUAUUGACACUGGACAUAUUGGAACCUUUAUGCAGCAGUUAACAAGUGGUGGUUAUGAUUGUCCAAAUCAACAAUUUUAUGACUGGUUUAAGAAGAUGUGUAUGGAUAGAGUACAAAGCAGGAUGAAGGACAUCAUACUUCCACAAGAUACCGAAUUUGUUGUACGAAAUGAUGAGUCGUUUCACUCCCUUACUCUCGCUGAAAUGUUGAAGGUCAGUGAAACACCCAGUAUCAUUGGUAUUAAGGUUGAGGAUGCUAAGUUUGUUGGAGAAUUUAGUAAGAUUCAAAUAGAAGCGAUGAAAACAACCGAAUAUGGAAUUCUUGGAACCGAAAAAGGUACAUUCAAAGGAUUUUCCGAUCAUCAACACAAAAACUGCAGAAUCUUGUGUGAAGAAAAAUUAAUUAGAAAAGAAGACACCAAUCGCUAUUAUGUGAUCAGUCGUCAUAACAAACAAUUCGAAAAAGUCUCAAAGGAUACCAUGAACAAGGUGUGGGGAGAACAGGUUGAUGAGAACCUUCAAUCAGCUUCCAAAAGCUCACUUCUAUAUUCAACCACUGUUCAGGACCCUGGAAAAUAUAUUAGACGAGCUCAUCUUCCUUUUGAUUUAAAGAUGAACGAUGAGGAGAAACUACGACAACGAUGGAUUGAAGGACCAAAAUUCUUUUUGGGAAAGGAUGAACAACAAAUUUUCGACUGGGUGUGCACUAUUGCAAAGUUAUUAUUUCCCAAUUCAUCUCCUUCUAGACUAAAAGUUUUCUCCAAAGUCUUGCAUACUGGAAAUACCACAGCUAAUGAUGAAGAUAAGAUCGAUGAGGACCAGAAGAUUAUAUUUCAAGAGUAUGAACCCUUUCAAGUAGCAAACUCUGAUGAAUUGAUGAAUCGCUUUCGAUCCAUGAUUCCUCCCAAAACAAAUGACUAUCAUUGGUAUCAUUUUAAGAAGGAGAAGGAUAAUGAUGUCAUUAAGCAUGUCAUUGCAGUUACUUAUGGGUCGUCACUUGAAGAAAACUUGCUCCAACACGGAUACGAGCCAAUGAUGUUGGUGGUUUGGUUUCAACAUCAAAACUGGAUACCAACAAUGAAAGAGAUACAAGCACUGGAUGGAACAAUGAAACAUUUUCCAAGCUAUUGGUAUUUUGCAUCCAAGACCUUUAGUCUUGGGUUUUUACUUGGUUUUACUUAUGGAGACGGUCAUAAAGAAAAGUACAAGAACCAAUUUAGCGUCGGUCAAAAAGAUAUUUGCGCAUUACAUUUAUUAAGGUGGUAUUGUUGCCAACACGGAAUGUCCUCGUCCUCUCUCUAUGAAUCAAAGGGUGUACAUACGUUCCGUUUUUAUGGACCUGGACUGGUUCAUUUCACAGACCACAUUUUGAAAAAGAAGAGCAAAGAUGGCGAUCCAGAAUCUGUUCCUCGUAUCCUCUCAAUUGCAUGUAAUUAUGACAGUGAGCCAAAAGAAGAAAAGAUUAUGGUCAGAGUUUCAGUUCUGGAUCCAAGUGUUCAGUUCCUUGUUACCGCUCGAGGUGCAGUAUACAAUGUUGGAAAGGACACGUUUAUUCACUCUCGCUAUGAUAUCAGCAACGGUUUUCAUAUCAUCCAAAAAGACGAAUGUUUCACCAAAGCUGUUCCUUCAUAUAUCAUGGAUCUGUUACAGUUUAAUGGAAACGAGAAAUAA